AUGUCUGGCCUAACUUUGCAGAUGGUGAGCGAUGUGAGCGUGCACGCCUACGCAGACGAAGCUACUGAUGGGGCCACCAAGGUUAUGGAGAAGGUCAAACAGACAAUUGAGAGCAUCGAUCUAAACCAGUUGGGGAUCUCAGAGUGGGAUCUCAGGAUCUUGGGGCCAGAACUGGACUUUGCGCGUUUUCACCUGGAAACUUUCAACGGCGGGAAGUGGGUUGUGUCGGUUUGUUCUGUGCCUCGGCCAUCCUCGGCCUUUUCAAAUGUCAGCCGCUGUCAGCCUGACAAAAACCGCUGCAGGAUUGAUGCCAAACAGAUGGCUGAAGACUUGAUAAAUGGCAAGGUGUUGCAGCUGGGUGCUGUGGAAAGCCUCGUGUUUUGA